UAUAGUUUAUCCAAACACUUCAAUCCUCAUCACUUCAGUCACCUCACUUACCACCACAGCCACAAAAAUCUGGUUGUCUGAGUAAAACACCAAAGUCAAUGGAACACCUGAGACCAAGUCCACCAAACUCUUCUCCUCUAACCCCACUCGGUUUCCUCGACAGGGCUGCCACCGUUUACGGCGACGUCCCCUCCGUCAUCUACGACGGCACCACCUACACUUGGUCCCAAACUCGCCGCCGCUGCCUCCAGCUCGCCUCCGCUAUUUCCUCCCUUGGAAUCCGCCGUGGCGAUGUCGUCUCCGUUGUCGCUCCUAACAUCCCUGCCAUGUACGAGCUCCACUUCGCCGUCCCCUUCGCCGGCGCUGUCCUCAACACCAUCAACACCCGCCUUGACGCCCGCACCGUCUCCGUCAUCCUCCGCCACGCCGAAUCCAAGCUCAUCUUCGUCGAUUGCGCCUCACGGGAAGUUGUCCUCCAAGCCCUGUCCCUCUUCCCUCCCAACUACCCCAAUCCACGUCUCAUCCUCAUCACCGAUGACACGGUGGAAACCUCACCUUCAGCCACCGUUGAAUUCAUCGACACAUAUGAGGGCUUAAUGGUAAAAGGCGAUCCUGAUUUCAGGUGGGUCCUACCACUAUCCGAGUGGGACCCAAUGCUCUUGAACUACACUUCGGGAACCACGUCAUCCCCGAAAGGCGUCGUUCACUGUCAUAGAGGCUCUUUUAUCAUGACGGUUGACACACUUGUCGAUUGGGCUGUUCCGAAGAACCCAAUCUACCUCUGGACGCUCCCGAUGUUCCACGCGAACGGGUGGAGCUUCCCGUGGGGAAUGGCGGCCGUCGGAGGCACAAACAUCUGCGUGCGCAAGUUUGACGCCCAGAUAGUCUUCAACCUCAUCACGCGCCAUGGGGUCACUCACAUGUGCGGCGCGCCUGUUGUUCUCAACAUGCUAACAAACGCCUCCAAGCCGUUAGAGAAACCGGUCCAGAUCAUGACGGCUGGUGCUCCGCCUCCUGCCGCCGUGCUUUUCCGCACCGAGUCGCUCGGAUUCUCCGUCAGCCACGGGUACGGGCUGACGGAGACCGGAGGCUUGGUGGUGACGUGCGCGUGGAAGGAGAAGUGGAAUCAUCUCCCUGCCACGGAGAGGGCGCGUCUUAAGGCACGUCAAGGGGUGAGAACAAUUGGGAUGACAGCAAUCGACGUGGUGGGACCCACUGGAGAUAGCGUGAAAUCCGAUGGGGUUACCUUAGGUGAGGUUGUGAUAAGGGGAGGGUGUCUUAUGCUAGGGUACCUUAAGGACCCUGUGGGGACCGCAAGCUGUUUCAAAAACGGUUGGUUUUACACAGGCGAUGUGGGAGUUAUGCAUGAGGAUGGGUACUUGGAAAUUAAGGACAGGUCUAAGGACGUGAUUAUUAGUGGUGGUGAGAAUCUGAGCAGCGUGGAGGUGGAGUCAGUGCUUUACGGGCAUCCGGCGGUGAACGAGGCGGCCGUGGUGGCCAGAGCUGAUGAAUUCUGGGGGGAGACACCGUGUGCGUUUGUGAGCUUGAAGGAAGGGUUGAAGGAAACAGUGACGGAGAGAGAGGUGGUUGAGUUUUGCAGGAAGAACAUGCCACACUAUAUGGUGCCUAAGACGGUGGUUUUCAAGGAGGAGCUUCCAAAGACUUCGACGGGGAAGAUUCAGAAGUUUGUGCUGAGACAGAUCGCAAAGGACAUGGGACCAGUAACGCAGAGUAGAAUGUGAUCAAUUCGUAGUAUGGGGACAGGUUUGUUAUUAUGGGGACAGGUUUGUUUGUCCAGAUGCAUGCAUUGGAAUCAAUUCUUGUGGAUUACUAUGAAUUUGAGGACGUGUGUCUUGGGCUGUGCCAUUUGCUCUUGUUGUGUUGUUUGUUGGGAUUGCAAUUGCAACUGUAGGAACCACCAAAGAUAGUGAGAAGGUUAGAGUCAAUAUGACUUUUUUUUGUUCUCAAUUCAAUGAAUUUUAUCAAUGUAAAAUUUAUCAUUUUAUUCAGGGUUUGGUUUGAUA